CUCUAGUGCGAAACGAGCUCAGGAGAAACGGCAGAAGAGAGUAGAAAUUAUCGCCGACACCCUUCCUGUACCCGAGCGGGAGGAGCGCAUCAACCAACGGCGCGCAGCCGUCUCCAACAGCAGCAGGAGGGGAGAAUUCGCCGAGAGGGCGCAAUCUUCGGGCCGCAGUUUGACACCGCGUGGACCGAAGCGCGGGCAGAUCCCCAAGAAAGACGCCCAAGUGUCCGUAUAUCAACGGAUUCAAGAAUUCCCCAACCAGUCUCUGUACGUGAUCGACACCGGCGUCAUGGGGUGUCGCGCGUGCCAUGGCAAGAUCGUCUCACUGCACAAGGACCGAACAAAGACCCACUGCAAGGGGAAGAAGCACGUACUCAAUGUGAAGAAGCUGUUCCAAACCAAGGAAGAGGACAAAAACACGCUCCACGCGCAUGCCGAGGUGUCGGAGGAGUCAGGAGGCAUGUACGGAGACGCCCUGAGCGACGAAGCCAAGCUGACGCAGAUCAAGGCGGUGAAGGGGUGUUUGGCGGCAGGCAUCCCGCUGAACGCGAUGGACAACCCGAUUUUUCGUUCUUUCCUCAGCCACUGCAAUGUGGAUUUGCCUCACCGUGCGCACCUGGCAAAAUACGUGCCGUUCAUCCUGGCGGAGGAGCGGAAGAAGCUCCAAGACGAGAUCGGCAACCGCCCCUACGCCAUCUGCUUCGACGCUACGCCGUGGCUUGCCGAGUGCUUUGGGUUGGGGGUCCGAUUCAUCGACUCCAGUGGAAAAGUACGUGAUGGUCGGCAAAGGGGUAUUGCCGUGUUCUCGUCUGCUCUCGCGCUCUCGCGAGAUUUGACACCAAGAAAUCAACGUAGACCCGAAGUCAAUCAGUUUGGCAUGACUCAUGAUUUCACGACGCCAACCUCAUCAAUCCUUCCUUGCCUCCCCCACCCCCUCUCUCACGCCCGCCUUUCCCAUCCUGCAUUUUACAGCCGGUGCAGCGUGUUCUGCACUUGAGCAUGCUGAAGAAGAGCAUGACGGGGGCGGACAUCGCGGGCGAGGUUAACCGAAUCGUCACCCAUCAAUUCCGCCUCGACCCCAACAACUGCCGCGCCGUGAUGGGUGACAGCUGCGCGGCCAACCUCCUUGCUAUGGAUUCGCUUCUCCUGGUGUUCAGGUUCGCCGUCGUCAUCCCGUGCUUCUCCCACACCUUCAACAACAUCGGCAAGCAGCUGGUAUGCGAGGAGAUCGACGUAUUCCUGGGCAAGCUCCACACCCUGCUUUCGCACAGCGCCUUCGCCAAGGACCUGUUCCGCAAGGAAGUCGGGGUACGCGCUCCCGAAACGCCGGGACACCGUUGGGGCUCGAGAUUCGAGCGGGACGAAGUGAUCGCUGUGAACUGGCCUGGGGAAGCAAAUGCUCGGGUCUACCAUCACGGACGCGUGUACAUGCAGCUUGAGCUAUUUAUUAUUUAUCUCUGUAGCAGCCCCUCUGCAUUCCAGACUCUCUGCAGGGCAGCAACACUUCGCGGCAGAGAGUAGUAGAAC